AUGGUAAAAAGGCAUCAGAAUUGUACUUAUGCUAUUUUUGAAUAUACCGUUCAUUUAGAUAUUGAUGAAUGUGCUUCCGGAAGCAAUAAUUGCCAUGGCAACGCGAAUUGUACUAAUGCAGUUGGUUCCUACACAUGCGAAUGUAAGGAAGGUUUCACCGGAAAAGGCAUAGAAUGUGAAGGUAGGAGAAAAACUAUUUUUUUAACUUCAUUCUGAAGGCGUACAAGACAUCUCUGUUUCACAGAGAUGGCUAUAGUGCAUGGGUGAUUUUACAGAACCCGAGAUUUUUCGUAUCGUAUAAAUGAGUUUUAGCGCUCAAUGUCAUAAACCUUUUCCUCGUAUUUUCGAUCGAUUGUUUUCCGACCAGCAAGGUUCUUGUACGCAUUUCGCUGGAGUAGUAGCUUGACAUAAUUUACUCUAACUAUAUCAGCCGCUCCAGGGUAACUUUGUUUUACUUUUGUCGAUCUGCACUCUUAAAUUUCUCGAUACAUUGUACACAUGUGAUUUUCUUAUUGGAGAAUUUCAAUUUGAGUUUUAAUUGAGGCCAAUGACAAGCAUGUUGGUGUGAUCACUAGCUGGUUUUGCUGACGUGUUAGAAGAGGUUCUGGCAUACAGUUUCUCGUUGCUCUUGUGAAAAGACACGUAUUGUUUAGAUAGAAAUUGGUGAUCAAUAACCUCUCUUUUGUCUUAUAAUUGCUGGGACCGGUUAUUCCAAGCUGGGUUAGCGCUAACCCUGGGUUGUACUUUUAACCCGCUGUUUAUCUUAUAUUAAUUUUAGAUAUUGACGAAUGCGCUGCUGGAUCUCAUAAUUGCCAUGCUGAUGCGAACUGUACUAAUACAACUGCCUCUUUUACCUGUGUGUGUCGUGAAGGUUUCAGCGGCGAUGGCGUAAAUUGUGAUGGUAUGAGAAAUACUUAAUGACAGUCCUUUUUUAUAUUCAUUUGUGUGAAGGUUCAGAAGAUAUGAAAUGUUGUUUCAAAUGUUUAGUGUAUGUUUCAUUACUAAUAGGGCGCAUCAAUUGAUUGAUUGAUUUUGGUUGACAACUGUAUUUAAAGUCCAUUCACAACAAAAUUUUGUACUUGACUUGUGACGCUCGUUGAAACUCAAGAUAUGUGUCAAGACGAGCAUGAGUUUGUGAUGUUUCGAUAUUAUUUCGAAAAGCAUCGUCAGACUAAUUCUGGUCGUGAUUACGGUAACAUACUUGCUAUGAGUUAUUUCAACAAGACUAAUACAGACUGUUCGUAACAAGUUGCUAUGAGCUUGCUGUCAUCAACUUGUUAACAACUUGUCACAUGCCGACGAUAUCAGACUUUUUGGAACAACUUAUUUCGAGUCUGUUGGCCUCACCACUAUUCCUACAAGAUGAUAACAUUUUGCUCUUGCAACUGGGGACGAACAGUGCGAAUACAACUUGUUUACACGUGUAGCCAGAUUGAAGCCUUGGAUAGCGCAUGACCGUCCUUCAUGACAGUCAGUCUGCAUGGUUAUUUUGUUGUUGUAUUCCAUUUGUCAGAUGGCCAUUAGAUACCUUCUUGGAAAAACAGUUUACAAGUGAUAUAGAAUCAUCUAGCAUAAGUCAAGUGUAGUCACUGCCAACAACUCUAUAGUGAAAAUGGAAAAAAAUAUCUAUUCUAUUUAUUUUGCUAAUGAAUAUAUCCCCAUUUAGAUAUUGAUGAAUGUGCUUUGGGAAGCGACGAUUGCCAUUAUAAUGCGAACUGUACUAAUACAAAUAGUUCUUACACGUGUCAAUGUAAGGAAGGUUUCACUGGAAAUGGCGUAGUUUGUGAAGGUAGGAUAAAAACUGAUUUUCUUUUCCAAUAUUCCUUCAGAAUGGUCUGAAGAUGCACGAAAUAUGUCUGGAUCAUAAAUAUAUAGUAAUAGAUUAAAUGUGCUUGAUAUUCCGUGGGGUGGUUAGUUAAGUUAAAAUGGCCGAAAAGGGUGAAUAACAUCCAAGAAAUUGGUUUCUUGGUUUUUAUAUUUUUGAUUACGGCCUUACUCUGACGACGAUAGACCACUAUUGAUAUUGUUUCUUGGGAUUGUAUGAAAUAUAUCUUAUAAUUAAUUUUAGAUGUUGACGAAUGUGCUGCUGGAUCUCAUAAUUGCCAUGCUGAUGCGAUCUGUGCUAAUACAACUGGUUCUUUUACCUGUGUGUGUCGUGAAGGUUUCAGCGGAGAUGGCGUAAAUUGCAAGAGUAUGAGAAAUAUCUUUAUUAACUUUAACUAUGAAAUGUUCAUAACAUAUGAAAUUUUGGUGCAUGUAUGCCUUUCGCAAUAG